AUGUUGUCUGGUGAACUUGAAAAUUUGUUGAAGGAGUCAAAGUUGAGACCCAGUGAUGAAAAGUUGCAACCAGAUCGUAUCGACAAGAACUCGAUUUUGCAUGGUGGCAGCUCUGUUCUACAAGUGACUAAGUCUGAAAACUCGAUCGUUCCUGUUGCUCUAGACAACGCAGCUCUUGUAUAUGUGACCAAGACUGGAUUUGAGACUUUGCAAAGUUCCUUGGUUCGUAGGAAGAUUUUCCCAAGUGCAAAGGAUUUUUUUGGCAGCAAGGAGGCUUUACAUUUCAUCAUGUUAAUGUUGCAAGACUUCGACCUUCAGAAUAAAAUCAAAAUGGAUUAA